UUAAAGUGUUUCCCUUUGCAGGUGAAGAAUCUUCCCAAAACUUGAGUUUAAAUAAAAAGUAUAGGAACUGCCACGUGAAGUUAGCGAACCAACCAAUUUAUUAUGGAGGUUCCUUUACAAUGGUAAAACAUAUUAUCGUCUUUUUUUCUUGGCCAUUCAUUAGUUUUGCCCGCAACUGAACGGUCAAUAAUGCGUGUUUUUUAACCCAUUUAUUUCAUUAUCGGGUAUCUAAUUCCAUCCGGACAAUGUACCCCCUACGCAGGAAAUGGCAGGCCUAAACCCCUCUCCUGAGGUUGUAGUCCCUCAUAAGAAAAAAACCUUUUUGGCUACUGUUUUGGCGCAAUUGAAAUGAGCCGGUUUCCUAGAGCAUGAUUAAACGCCAUUCCUAGCUGGUUCCAAAUAUUCGCACCACACGUGACAGAAGUGAGUAGGUUUAGCUUUGCUUUUUUGUUGUUGCGUAUGUGUUAUUUAUCGGUAGGCAAAAGGUAGUCAAACCAUCGUCCAUAGAGUGUGCCUGUGCUGUAUCCGAGCAAUCAACAUUCGAUAUCCGAAUCGAAAGCCAACCCUAUUGGGUUGUUGCGUGUGUUUGUUUUGUGCACAACGUCAUGCAAACUCUUUUACAUCAGAACGUAACGAUUCAAGUAGUGGCGCAAGUAUACUAGAAGAGGAAAAGAAAAGUAAAGACGAAGUGAGAGAGAGAGAGCUGGAGGAGAGGGGAGAGGGGGAGAAACGAAGGGGAUUGAGGUGCGCGCGUGAGACCAACCGAAGUUUAAAAUUAGUUCUUGUUUUGCCGUCUAAAUUUACUCAGCAUUCAGAACAGUAAGGGAACAUUCGGCAUAUACACCGCCACGGCCAUUUGGCCGUUUCUGUGUAAUUUCCGUGCCCUGUGUACGCGCCUGUCUUUCUCCCUGUGUGUGUCUGUGUGUGUUUUCAUUCCACUUUCACAACACCACAGCAUCUCGUCAUCCGUAAAACGGGUCCAGUAGUCACGGGUAAAGGUGUCCCCGAUCAACCCAAUCAAAACUUCAACCAAAACGUACGAGCAGCCGAGCUUGUGGCUAGAUCUAGUGUGGCGCGUGUGAGUUCCGCCCUACACACGCAAAAAAGGAAAACCACCUCCCCGCAGCUUUUCGAGGGUUUGGAGGCACACCAAAACGUGUGCCCUGCGUGUGUAUGUGUUUGUGUAGCGCGUUGUUCGAAUUCGCAAUUGCAGCUUGUCACAGGUGUAGUUUUCUUAUUUUCUAAAACGAAAAGAAAGCAAAAAACAAAACAAUAAAGCUGAGAACACUCGCUAAACCGCGUUCCAGGUAGGAAGACAGCGCGUUUCAAUUAAAAAAGAAAAUAAAAGCCAUGAUCCGGCAACGUUCGUCCGUGCGAAGUCGCGGCUCAUCCUCGACCACCAUCAGCGAUCCGCGGGAAAAGGUAAAGGACUGCUGCCGCAAGUUUGUCGCGUUCAUGUGCACCCAGGUUGGGGUCGGUGGUUUGAUCGUUGCGUACGCACUGGUCGGUGCCGCCAGCUUCAUGUCGAUCGAAACGCAGGAACCGAACCCAAUGAUCGAGCACGUCGUCACGCUGCGGCGGAACUGCGCGGCCGAACUGUGGGACGUGACAGAGCAGCUGAACCUGUUCAACAGCUCGAUCUGGCACUACGAGGCAGAUCUGGUGCUGAAGCGCUAUCAGGACGAUUUUGCCGAAGCGAUCCGGCGCGGCUACGAUGGCCGUUCGCCCGAGGAGGUGUGGAACUUCCCGGCAGCGCUCAUGUUCUGUCUGGCGGUGUUUACCAUGAUCGGGUACGGCAAUAUGGUGCCGCGUACGGCAUGGGGCAAAGGUGCAACCGUCAUAUAUGCGACAUUCGGCAUACCGCUCUACAUACUGUACUUCAUGAACAUGGGCAAGGUGCUCGCAUCGACGUUCAAGUGGCUGUACACCUGGUUCCACGAGUGUAGCCACCGGAGCGACGAGGACGGUGGGCUCGCGCUCGAGGAAGGCCCGGGAGGACUAGCACCCCGGAAGCGCAUUAUCGUGCCGACGACUGCCUGUCUGUGGGUGAUCACGAUCUACAUCGCAACCGGUACGAUCAUGUUUGCCGAGUGGGAAAAAUGGACGUAUCUCGAUUCGGCCUACUUCUGCGUGACCAGCCUGUGCAAGAUCGGCAUCGGUGAUCUUGUGCCGGGUGCGAACAUACUAGACUCGCAGAGCGGCAAACCGACCAAGCUGGUGAUCAACUUCGUCUACAUGCUGCUCGGUAUGGGGCUGGUCGCGAUGUGCUACAUACUGAUGCGGGAGGAGGUCCGGAUCAAGAUGCAGGAGAUAAAGGAGGAUACGCGCCUCUGCCUGGAGGAUCUAAGCGCCAAAUUUGCCAAAUGCUGCGGCACCAAGGACUCGCAGUACUAUGACUAAGUGACCAAUUCCAUGUCAUGUUUAAGGAGAAAGAAGGGAGAAGCAGUAGGACGGCCUUCCUAAGCCUGUAAACGCUCAUGUAUUAGUAGUGUAACACUUUAUCAAGAAUUAUCAAUGCGAAAUAAGCAAAAGAAGAAUCCCCCCUCCCUCCACCUUGAUGAGGAGAUGUUUAAGAAGAUUUUUUUUCCAUCAGCAUCAACGUGCACACGUUCAAAAUAAAACCACAAUCAAUCGA